AUGCAGACACUUUUUUCCAUCACCCCUCGCGAUUCCCACGAACUUUGGUUCGGAGCUCCCCAAUAUGGUUCAUCCUCUGAGCAUCAACUCGGCGACCAUACCGCCGCGAAUCAUCUCGCCCGUCGAAAUGCCAACAGCAUGCCCAGUAGCCAUCGCGCCUUCAUGCCGUCCCGCUCUUCUGCCAACACAAUCGCCGCCCUAGCUGCGGAGGAACGCGUGUUACGAGCGCGCAAAUCAAACAUCGCCACGUUCGGAUACUCGUGGAUUAGACCGGCGGGAUGCCCGAAAACAAUGCUCGGCAUGAAAGAGGAGCAGGAGGAGCGUGAGGAGGCGCUGCAGGCUGCUGCGGCAGAGAUGGAGGCCGCCGAGGGGGAAGCAAUUAUGGAUGAUGACACGGCUAUGCAGAGAGGGGAAGGGGAGGAAGAGGAUGAGGGUAUGGACCGAGAUUUAGAUGACGAUAUCCCAAAUGCCGAGGCGGAGGCCUCUGGUCUUGUUGAGGAAGGCGAAGAAGGGCUCGAGGAAGAUGAUAUCGGUGACGAGGAUGGAUACAUGGAGCGUGACUUGGAUGAUGAUAUUCCCGAAGGGUUCCCGGAUGAUGACUACGAGGGCUCUGGCCUUUAUGAUGAUGAUGACGAAGAUGAUGAGGACUUUGACAAUCAGCCUGAUCUAGAUGCGGAAAUCCCUGCUGCUGACGGCGAGGGUAUGAGUGAAGGUAUGACGCGCGACCUGGACGACGAUAUUCCCGAUGCUGGGGAACAAGGCUCUGAGCAAGAAGGGGAAUGGCAGCAUACAGACAGCGAGGAAGAGCUGAGUGAUGAGGAUGAUGGGGAAGGACCUAGUUUUAUUCAGGCUAGGUACAGCGACAACUUGAACUUCCGCACCAGCACGCCGAACACUCGGACCGGCUUACCGCCUCCUCCGACUCUAUCUCGUGAGACCGAAACUGAAGCCCAGCGCCGUUUCAUCAACCGCUGGAGUGGGGGAGGCGACGCGUUUGACUCCAGCAGUAUGCUCUAUAGUGACGAGGACCUGCGUGCCUCCAUGACCAGUCAAGGCAGUCGACGAAGCGGAUUUGUGCGGAGGUUCCCUCGCCACAUUGGUGGUCCUAGGGAUAGCCUGACCUAA